CCGAUGCUCGUCCACAGAACUCAUCCAUCCCUGUUGUUGCAUUCUAGGCAAGUGUGUGCAGUCCUCCGGGGUCGUCCUUCUUCCUCUUCCAAUUUCUCCAUCGGUCUGCUCAAUCGUCAAUUGCUGCUGUCACCACUUUCCUCCUCCACUGGUGAUCUCUUUCAUAAUUCACGCCAAAUGUCGGGCCGCAUGCUGAAACGCAUGCUUCAAGAGCAACAGCCUCUUCCGCCUCCCGUUCCCGAAGGAGAUGGUACCGACAGUGAGGAUGAUCUCCACCAAUCUCACGUUGCUAAGCAGCCAGUGCGCAAUAUGUUCGACCUUCUUGGAUCCCAGGAUAAUGAAGUUGAGCUGGCAAACGAAGACGAGGACGAGGACAACAGAGACAGUUCGAACAAUGGUGUCAUUGAGAAGAAAGUAACACCCACGGCAAAUGUGACCAAGUCUAAGAAGAAAAAGAAUAAGGGUAAAAACAAGGGCAAGACCUCGACAUCUGUCGCUCUAGAAACUAAUUCUGCUGCAGAAGAAUCCGUUGACGAAUUAUUAGAGCAAUUGGCUCUUGAACGUCAUGGGGAAACGACUUCAGCUUCUGAUACAAUGAGUGCACGACCAGUUUUGAUUGAGUCUGAUAUACUGGCUGUGGAUCCACGUCAUUUGAGAGCUGAAGAUGAGUUGCGGCAUAUAUUUGGGUCAAAGGUUAUAAACUCAGUUGAAAGGAGUGGUGAGGGAUCUGGACUACUGAUUGGUCGCAGGAGACAGCCGUCCCGUAGAGGGGGCAGGAAUUUACAUAAAAAGAGCUUACUGGUAACGCCACUUGAGCAUUGGCCACGACUUGAGGGGGGUCUCUCUAUGGAGUGCACCGAUCAAAAAGAAGGUCUAAGCUUCUUCAGGUAUGUAUUUUCAAGUGCUUACCAGAAAGUGCAGAACAGGUAUGAGGACUGUGUGGCAUCACAUGAUCCACACACCAUCGCCAUGCUAGUGAACCAGAAUCCUUAUCAUGUUGACUCCCUUCUUGCAUUGGCUGAAGUUUACAAAGACCUGGGUGAGGUUCAACAAUCAGCUGAGCUUUUGGAGAGGUGUAUUUACGCCUUAGAGUGUGCUUGGCAUCCUGGGUUUAAUAUUACGACAGGAAAAUGUAGGCUUGUAUAUAGCUGGGAACAAAAUAAACCCCUGUUUUAUGCUUUAUUCAAGCAUAUGCAACACCUGGGUAGGCGGGGUUGUCAUCGAACAGCACUUGAAGUUUGUAAAUUAAUACUCUCGUUGGACUCGGAUGAUCCUCUGGGAGCUCUCUUUUGCAUUGACUAUUUCGCAUUAAGGGCCGAGCAAUAUGAGUGGUUGCAGAAUUUCGCAAGGGAAUAUAGGUCAGGUAGUCCCCUGCCGGUUUUGCCCAAUUUUUUCUUCUCGCUCGCCUUGGCUCAGUUCCAUAUUGAAGCAACAAGGUCCAGCUCCAGGAGCUCAAGUGAUAGAAAGCAGCCAUCACAACCUUCAAGUAAAGAUGAAAAAUCAUCUUUAGAUCUUUUACAGCAAGCACUUAUGCUUCACCCUACUGUUUUGAGAAAGAUAGUGAACAAAGCGCCCAUAAAGGAGGAUGCUGCGUGGACCAAGAUCUUGAGUCACAAACACUUUAGCGAUGCCUCUCCGGGAGGCCCUACUCUGGAGCAUCUAAUCAAUAUUUACACAGAGAGGAACUACUUAGUCUGGAGAGCUCCAGAUGUACAAGCAUGGCUGAAAAAGGCUGCUCAAGGUGUGGUAGAAGCUGCUGACCGAGCAGAAUCUAGCAAAGAUGGAGGAGAGCUUGCCUUUUGGGCCACUGUACGGCAGGAAACUUUCCCACCUGAGCAGAAUGACAGGUACAAGCAUCUGCUGGUAUCGGAGUUUUCCGAAUCAGGGACGACGUCAACGCUACCCCCGGAGGAAAUGGCACAAUUGGGAUUUGAAGAUGAGCUUUCUGAUGAUGUGGAAUUUAUCAUUGCCCCCCCAGGCUAUGGUAGCUGAAACAGUAGACACGGAUUCGGAAGGUAAUAAUGUUGCUUAGAUGCUUGAGCAAACGUUGCUGCUCUGUGGCAUCUUCUUGCUGAGUAUGGGCCCAUUCCUUGCUGGCGAGGGAGCUGAGAAUGAUAUAGAAGUUAACGUGGAGCUGGUGGGAAAAUUGGAUGGGUGAGCAGAUGGACAUGAAUCAAAGCACCAUGGCAUUGAUUAGUUGGACGGGGAGGAAUUACGGAAUUCCAUUACAUUAUUGUCGACUGAAUGGGUGACCUCAUAGGGAAUAGACAUAUAGUGUAGCUCUGAGUAUAAUUAGCUCACUAUUGUAAUUGACCUUUCUUUCAAUCUAUUGGUGCCUUGUGCAGUAUGCAAA